AUGAAGGUGGUUCUGCAAGGAACACAACCAAAAUGUAAAUUUCAGAACAAAUGUCUCUUGGUGAAAGCACUGCAUCCAUGUCGUGAUCUGAUCGGCCGACGACAGACAUCUCAAUCCGAUUCGAUCUCACCAUCCGACAGCCCGUCGUCAUCGUCGUCAUCUGGGGCCAAAUUAUCGCCGGCAUCCGAAGAGGCGCUCUGUUUCCUCUAUGGUUUGCGCGACAUGGAUUCACAGAUUCGACGGGGCUACGCGGCCAGACAUGGUCACUGCGCCACUGGACCCGAACAGGACCGAUUCUUCUAUAAUCCAAUUUGCGAUUUUUCUGAUGUGGCCCCGAACGGCGAGUUGUCACAGUCGAUUCGUGGCGAUAUCGCAAUGGCCGUCGACUGGGCAGAGCAAGUGCCUUCCUUCCAUCUUCUCUCACCAACGUUACGGCGCCAUCUACUGCAUCGAUUCUGUCUGAUGUUUGUCACCAUAGAGCACGGACUGUUCACCGCACAGAUGCCAGCUCACGACAAUGUCUGGUUUCUGUCGGAUCGUACAUGUCUCGUACGACAUCUGGAAGCGAUACCUGAAGAGAUCAAGCUGCAUCUAACACCGAAAAACCACAAAAGCUCAGGACCAACGAUUAUACAUGAAUCAGAAAGUGUCCCGUUAGCAAAUACCGAAGAACUGCGACUUUUGUCGGAUGUCCGGGACAAGGUCCUCAUGGGACUACACGCGUUCUACAUUGCCAGUGGUGAAGAGAAUCCCGAAGAGCGGUUGAGCGAUUUGCUGAUGUUGAGCGGAGGAGUCGCU